CAGAAAUAUACAGCUUAAAUAGUCAGUUAAGAUUACACAGUUUCCUUAGCUCAGCUAUUUCGUCCCAAGGAUAACUAGGCAGAUGUUUCUCAUCCUGGAAUUCCUGGGAUAAGGCUGUAACCACAGCAAUGCAGCUAUUUCAGUACAAAGGACGUCUGACUUGAUAUAUGUUUUCUUAUCCUGGGGUUCCCAGGACAAGGACCAAGGAUAUCUGUCUUGGCAGGUGUUUCUCUUCUGGAGUUCCCAGGAAAAGGCUAUAGCUAUGUCAGCCUAUAGCACAGCUGCAUUCAGUACCAAGGACAUCUCACUUCUAUAGUGGUCAGUCAGCUUCCCAGAGAUGUUUCCUGUCUUCUAAUUGCCCUGCAGUAAAUAUGUUCUGUACCCUCUGUUCUUAUGGUCCAGCAGCUUCCUAGAGAGUGGGUGGGAAUGUGCUUUCUGUACUUUCUGUUCUAUUGUCUAAUGUGUAGGGGCUAAGCGAGGGCCAGCUUAAAAGAUUCUCAUUCGUAAGAAAUGGCUGUACUGAUAUCAAACGGGCAUCUUUCAUAUCUACUUUCUUCCAAGUCUACCAGCCAUCUCAGAUUGUUGCUGUAAUAUGCCUGACAAUCAAGGACAUAGAAAAAUAACUUGAUACACGGCAAGGACAUUGUGAUCAUAUCCUGUGUUGUUAUGUAUGUUCUGGAUGAGGUUGGUUAAAAUGACAAUAUUGCACAAAGCUUUAUAUAGGACCCAUCAAAUUAAGGGUCACUAUACACUGUCAUAGCUAAAAUGGCCUGGUCAGAAGUGACCACUGGAUCACUCUUCUGUAACUUCACAUGAAAGGCUUGUGCUUUUUGUGUUUUUUUAUUUUUCUGUUUUUUCUUAUUUAUUUAUUUAUUUAUUUAUUUAUUUAUAUAUUGUUUUAUAUGUUGUCAGGAAGAUAGUUCAAGUCAUGGAUCUGCCACCAAAAUAUGAGCUUUGCUACCAAUACUGUAAACAGUAUUAGUGUAUGCAUUCAAUAAAAUAACUUGGUUUUUUUUUUUUUUAAGUAGGAUAGAUGCUUUUGUGUUUUGUGGGGUGAUCCAUGAAACAGGAGUGAAGAUGCUUGUUUCUUACUCUGUCCACUGAGUUAUGUCUCUAGGCUUGUCCUACUCCUUUGGCUGUAUCCCCCCCCAACAUCUGCUGACUAUUUUAUUUUUCAGAUGAAAUCACACGUUAUAGCUUAGAGAGGCCUGUAAGCAAUCCUACUUUGGUAACUUAAGUGCAAAGAGGAGAGCCCCACACUCAGCCUGAGGGUGCAUUCACUGGUGGAUCCAAUAUUUCAGUUUCCUCUCCUAACAGAUCACCACAUUGUUGCCAGGACCAUAAUGAAUGCAAUUCUUUCUCCUAAGGAAUCUGGUGGCAACUGUCAUAUGUUAAGCACAAAGCUUCAGGUUGUACCUAUAACACACACCCACAUCGCAACCUACCCUACAGGCUAUUUCUGGGUGUGAUUUCAUGCACCUGCACAUGAUGAGACAGGAGACCUCUUUGGCUACUUAUAGGAACUGGUGUGAUUCCUCAGUAAUCUUUAAUGGGUAAUAUUGCUGACUGAGGAGAAUUUGAGGUAGGAUGAAACAUUUCUGUGCAGGGAUUGGGGAGGAAGCACUCAUUUAGAAACAUAGCAAUGACUUAGGUUUUUCCAAUCAAGCCUAGAGCCAAAUUUGGCUUUGGAAGCAUGUGGUGCUCAGUGGCUAUGCCACAGGGAAGUCCCCUGAAAAGGGUCCAUCAGCUUUUGCUCAGUACAGGGAGAACAUUAGCAAGGAGGCAAAGUCUGUUAUCCAUGACAUCAGCCGUCCCUUCGUGGACAUUCUAUUGUCUCCUAGAGAGACCUUGGAAUCCCUGUGAUGUCACCAGUAUCGUUGUGACAACCAAUUCCCUACUUUUUCUCUUAGUGUCCAAAGGAUAUAUCCACAGGCAUGUUUGCCCGUCUUCUCAGGCGCUUUGGGAGAGUUGAUGUUGAUAGAGAAGAGUCUAGAGUGAAGCAAACGAAACCUAAAGGUAAUGAUGGACACAGGACAUGGGGAAUGUGGAGUAAGUUCUGGGCAGUGUAUGUUGAGCUUCCUCUUAGGGGUGAAUGUGGGGGACUUCAGCUGGCCUUUAUAGCAAUGGGCCACAACUACUGGAACAUCUCCACAGAUAUUGAAUUCCAUGAUUAUCACAAUUCCUGAAAGUCAGGGUUUUCACAUUAUUAGUUUCUCCAUAACCACAUGGAGGAUAUGGCAAUGCCUAUGCUAUUAUUGGGUGAACUUCUAGUCUUUACUUUUACAGUGCAUUCGGUAUGUUAAAUUGAUAUAAUAACACCAUAAGUAGUCAUGGAGGGUAUAACUUUUCUGAAUUAAACAGGGCAUCAAUGUACUUCACUUUCAUUGCUUCUUUUAAUUCAGUGACUAUCUGACAGUAGUAAGAGGGAGAGAACUGUGCUCCUGGCAUGACCUUAUAUUCUUAGAACUCCUUUGACUACCUCUGGCUGACGGGGCCAAUCUUACCUUCAUAUAUUAGAGGUUCUGUGUGGCAGAUAUUUUUCUACAGUAGCCAAACUAUAUGGAGCAGGUAGAGAAAGAGCCUGUAACCUAUUGGCACUUCUGGGGCAUUUGUCAUUUCAGUAGGGGGAAUUAAUAAAUCUGUUGACCAUGUCCUCCCCCUACAUGACUUUUUAAUGCAAAGUUAUUGGAUUAGAGUAACAGUGUAGGAUAUCUGAGUAUCCCUGAUCAAUCAAGUCAUUGUGGAUGCUGAAUUGAUGAUCUGACUUCUGAAACCAGAGGGGUAGGGUCCUGAAACCAGGUUGUAGCCUGCGUACCUGAUAAUAAUCCUGGAGAAGGCAUCUCUCUGGUACUUGUAAGCCUGUGUGGGCGGGCAUAGGGAACACCUGGCUGCUUACAUCUCUUGGUCUCUAUAUAGUAGUGGGGGAACUGUGAUCCACUUAGGAUGCCUCUUUCACAUAGACCAAACUCCUUGCAGUGACACUGGCUUCCAAGCAUGUUCUCCUGUUUGGACCUCACUGUGGUCUGUGUAUGCUCUAUGCAUUCGCCCCAUGCGGGUUCACUUGUGUUCUUCUACCUACAGCAGCCUGCAGACAGACGUCAUCCCCUGAAAAUGUCCUAAACAAGGUGCAGGCCAACGAGGAAGAGGAGAGGCUGAAUAGAGAACUGGAGCUAACUACCAAGGAGAGAAAUGAGCUGACAGAUCGCCUCCUUUAUGUGACAGGUGGAUCCAUGAGCAAGAGCCCCUACUUCAGGCCAAAUCCAUUUUAUGAAAACUUGAAGAUAAAGGAGAAAGAGGUCAUGUCAUUACUGCACAACUUAGACACAAAGAACAUUGAACAUCGUGAGAAAUUUCAGGAGCUCAAGAAGGAGAUUAACUUCUAUCGCAACCUGCACAGCCGGCUCCUGAUGGACCAGGCAUGUAUGAAGAAGAAGUUGGUCACAUUGAAGCAGGAGAGCAAGGAGUUACAGCGAUAUUUGUUUGAGUUGAACCCGAAUGCUGAAGACGAACAGGAGAAGACCAGCAACCUCCAGACCCAGCAAAAUGUGGUCUCAGGAACUGCAGGAGACAUGGAAUAGGACAGAUCCCAGGAAGACAGCCCCCUGAAGAGUGAGUUUCUCUGUCAGGAGUUCCCUGCUGACGACAAUCCUCAACAGUCAAAGACUUUUUUGGGGAGAAUAUUCUUCUUCUCAGUUAAUUUCCUCAUUGUAUAGAGACCCUAAAUUUAUGUAUCCGUAUGCCAGCCUGUCUCAUUGAGGUCUUUCUCCUCUCUCAUACCGACAACACCAUUUGAGAGACAUCUGAGGGGACUGCCUUGAAAUCUCGUGUCCUAGAGGAGAAACAGCACUACAACUGUGUUUCUAAAUGUUCAUUAAGAAAAUGCUGUUAAGAAAUAUUUUUGGUUAUGAUUUUCAUUGAAGUUUUCUUUUUGUUAUAUCAUAGUUAUAUAUUCUUGUUACUGUUUUUCAUUUUUUAUACCAUUUUAGUUGUUCAUUUUAUGCCUGUUUUUUGUAAAUUGUAUUCCUUAUGAAUAAAAAUUGAUUU